CUUUUUGAAACUAUAGCCGCCAUGUUUUUUUAAAGUACUAGCCGAAAUUUGAAGUUACCGACAAAAAAUGUUACUUUUCGUAACUUUCUAACUGGCAAAGACUUUCUAAUUAUAUAAAAAGUAGUAAAAAUAAUAUUUCUUUUAUAUAAUAUCCAUUUGAAACUUUAAGAAUAUGUAAAAAAUUUCAAUUUUUUUUUUAUUUAGCUAAUUAGUGAAGAAUAAUGGCUGCUUCCGCUUCAACCGAAUACGUACUUAAGCAAGAAGAACUUAUAUGCGCAAUUUGCGUGGACUCAUGGCUGGAGAGGGAUCCCAGAGUACUGCCAUGCAACCAUACUUUCUGCUUCAUUUGCCUCAAAAGUCUUUUAAGAGGAGGCUUUGCAGAAUGUCCAAUAUGUCGUGCAAAAGUUAACUUAAUGGGAAGAAAUAUUAACGAUAUCCCUAAAAAUUCUUUGCCAAAUGCAAUUGAAAAGAUUGAACCUAUUGUUCAGGUGUGCACCACGCACAAGAGAAAGAUACUCAAGCCUUUACUUUGUUGCAAAACAUGUAGAAAGUUAAACUUAUGCGCUCUUUGUAUUGACAUUGACCAUUCUAUGGAAAAUUGCUUCAUAGUUACGGUCAAUUCUCUUGAGAAUAGAUUAAGAAAACUUCGAAGUAAUUAUAAAGUCUCUAUAAAUCAACACGAAAUGAAAAUUUCAAAAACUGAAGCGGAAGUUAUAAGAGAUAUUGAAGAAACUAGAAACUAUCAUAUAGCUGAUGUAAGAAAUCAGUCAGAGAAAAUGAUACAAAAGGUAAAGAGAUAUUAUCAGGAGAAAAGAGCAGAAUUAAAAGAUAAUUCUAACGAAAUAAAUAACAUAUUGAUAACUGAAGCGGAUGUUGAAAAUCAAUUAAGAAAUUUAUCAGUUGUGGAGAAACCAACUGUUAAUAGUUGCCCAAGUAAAUUAUCUGUCUAUUUUAAUUACAAAAGUCAUGGAAUUUAUAAAAAUUUCAAAAGAAUAAGGCAACAAUUUUUUCCUAUGACCGAAACUGAAUCGCAUUUUAUUGCUAACGAUGGAUUCUAUUGUAUUUCAAAGUCUAAUAGGGCAACUUUAAUGCAUCAAGAAUCAUUCGGAAGUUCAAUAUCAAAAGCUACUCUUGAUCGAAAUGUUGAAAAAAUUGUCAUUACUGAUAGAUAUCUUUACGUUAUUGAAUGUUCUUACAGGAAAAUUAUGAUAGCCUGUAGACCUUUCUAUCAAUUUAUUGAUUUGAGACCAUUCAGUUCAAUAGAAGCUAAUGAUAUCAAAGCUAUAGAUAUUGAAGAGGAUUCGUUUGUUUUGACAUUCAACUCGGAUGCUUCUAAAUGUUCUUAUUUUAUUAAUAAAAACUAUCAAUGGCAUUGUUAUAGUUGUAGAGAACUUGGAUGUAUCCUCAAAACUGGAAAUCCUAUAAUUAAAACUUCGGAUUGCAGAUAUGUAAUGAUGGAUAAAUACAAAGGUAUUGAGAUCAUGUCAAUGAAGUGUCCGGCCAAUGCAGUCAUCUAUAACUUACAUCCUCUUGGUCUUCUAAUAGCAAAUACUGUUGUUUUCAAUGAGAAUUCAAAUGAUGGAUGUGCAUUUGAAAAGAGUUUAAAGAAAGCAAGUCCAAUAGGGAGCAAGUGGCAUAUGAAGCCAGCGUUUAAAGGGGAAAGCGGGUAUGCGAGCAAAUAUGACAUGAAAAUUGACCGUGCAAGGAAAGAACGCAUAAACAAAAUGAAUCUUUUGCUCUUCGAUUACCAGAUGAACCAAAAUAUUGUCGUAAACAGAUUUGAGAAUGUACAACUCUUAGGAACAACAGAUGAUUCCUUAAUUUGUCUUUACUCUUCUGGCGACAAUUACAGAGUUUAUAAAUAUUAA